CAUGGGGCCGGGUGAGCGCUGACAGUCACGGCCGCAGCCAUCAGCCCUGGAGAUGACCAGGAGCGGCCACCGCUGAGAACUAUGUGGAGGGAGGCUGCGAGCCCUGCUGCAGAGCCUCCGGCUGGGAUAGCCGCCCCCCGUGGGGGCGAUGCGGACAGCGCGGGACAGCCAGGGGAGUGCGCGGGGGCCGCACCAUGCGGGAACCCGCUAAACCCGGUGGCUGCUGAGGCGGCCGAGAUGCUCGUGCGCGCAGCGCGCCCCACUGCAUCCUCGACCUUCUCCGGCUACAGGGACCGUAAGUGGCGACUAUGGGAAGACUGGGCUAUUGGACCUUGCUGGUGUUGCCGGCCCUACUGGUCUGGCGCGGUCCGGCGCGGUGCGCGGCGGCGGAAAAGGGUCCCCCGGCGCUGAACAUUGCGGUGCUGCUGGGUCACAGUCACGACGUGACGGAGCGUGAACUUCGAAACUUGUGGGGUCCGGAGCAGGCAGCGGGGCUGCCCCUGGAUGUGAACGUGGUAGCGCUGCUCAUGAACCGCACUGACCCCAAGAGCCUCAUCACGCACGUGUGUGACCUCAUGUCUGGGGCGCGCAUCCACGGCUUGGUGUUUGGGGACGACACUGACCAGGAGGCUGUGGCCCAGAUGCUGGAUUUUAUCUCCUCGCAGACUUUCAUCCCCAUCUUGGGCAUCCACGGGGGCGCAUCCAUGAUCAUGGCUGAUAAGGAUCCAACAUCUACCUUCUUCCAGUUUGGAGCCUCCAUCCAGCAACAAGCCACGGUCAUGCUGAAGAUUAUGCAGGAUUAUGACUGGCACGUUUUCUCCCUGGUGACCACCAUCUUUCCUGGCUACAGGGACUUCAUCAGCUUCAUCAAGACGACAGUGGACAACAGCUUUGUGGGCUGGGACAUGCAGAAUGUGAUCACGCUGGACACUUCCUUUGAGGAUGCAAAGACGCAAGUCCAGCUGAAGAAGAUCCACUCUUCCGUCAUCUUGCUCUACUGCUCCAAAGACGAGGCUGUCCUCAUUCUGAGUGAGGCUCGCUCCCUUGGUCUCACUGGCUAUGAUUUCUUCUGGAUCGUUCCCAGCUUGGUCUCUGGGAACACGGAGCUCAUCCCCAAAGAGUUUCCAUCAGGCCUCAUCUCAGUCUCCUACGAUGACUGGGACUACAGUCUGCAGGCGCGGGUGCGGGACGGCCUUGGCAUCCUAACUACUGCCGCAUCGUCUAUGUUGGAGAAGUACUCCUACAUCCCCGAGGCCAAGACCAGCUGCUAUGGGCAGGCAGAGAAGCCGGAGGCCCCGCUUCACACUUUACAUCAAUUUAUGGUCAAUGUGACCUGGGAUGGCAAAGACCUGUCCUUCACUGAGGAGGGCUAUCAGGUGCACCCCAGGCUGGUGGUGAUCGUGCUGAACAAAGACCGGGAAUGGGAGAAGGUGGGCAAGUGGGAGAAUCAGACCCUGAGCCUGAGGCAUGCUGUGUGGCCAAGGUACAAGUCCUUCUCUGACUGUGAGCCAGAUGACAACCACCUCAGCAUUGUCACCUUGGAGGAAGCCCCUUUUGUCAUCGUGGAGGACAUAGACCCAUUGACUGAGACCUGUGUGAGGAACACCGUACCCUGCCGGAAGUUUGUCAAGAUCAACAAUUCCACCAAUGAGGGGAUGAAUGUUAAAAAAUGCUGCAAAGGCUUCUGCAUCGACAUCCUGAAGAAGCUCUCAAGAACCGUGAAGUUCACCUAUGACCUCUACCUGGUGACCAAUGGGAAGCACGGCAAAAAGGUUAACAACGUGUGGAAUGGAAUGAUUGGUGAAGUGGUCUAUCAGCGGGCUGUGAUGGCUGUUGGCUCCCUCACCAUCAACGAGGAGCGCUCCGAGGUGGUGGACUUCUCUGUACCCUUUGUGGAGACAGGGAUCAGCGUCAUGGUUUCAAGAAGCAAUGGCACUGUCUCACCUUCUGCUUUUCUAGAACCAUUCAGCGCCUCUGUGUGGGUGAUGAUGUUUGUGAUGCUGCUCAUUGUCUCUGCCAUAGCUGUUUUUGUCUUUGAAUACUUCAGUCCUGUUGGAUACAACAGAAACUUAGCCAAAGGGAAAGCACCGCACGGGCCUUCUUUCACCAUCGGGAAAGCUAUAUGGCUCCUCUGGGGCCUGGUGUUCAACAACUCUGUGCCUGUCCAGAACCCCAAAGGCACAACCAGCAAGAUCAUGGUGUCAGUGUGGGCCUUCUUUGCCGUCAUUUUCCUGGCCAGCUACACGGCCAAUCUGGCUGCUUUCAUGAUCCAGGAGGAGUUUGUGGACCAAGUGACUGGCCUCAGUGACAAAAAGUUUCAGAGACCUCAUGACUAUUCCCCGCCUUUUCGCUUUGGGACAGUACCUAAUGGAAGCACAGAGAGGAACAUUCGGAAUAACUACCCCUAUAUGCAUCAGUACAUGACCAAAUUUAAUCAGAAGGGAGUGGAGGAUGCACUGGUCAGCUUGAAAACAGGGAAAUUGGACGCUUUCAUCUAUGAUGCAGCAGUCUUGAAUUACAAGGCUGGGAGGGAUGAAGGCUGCAAGCUGGUGACCAUUGGGAGUGGGUACAUCUUUGCCACAACUGGCUAUGGAAUCGCCCUCCAAAAGGGCUCACCUUGGAAAAGACAGAUUGACCUGGCUCUGCUCCAGUUUGUGGGUGAUGGUGAGAUGGAGGAGCUGGAGACUCUGUGGCUCACGGGCAUCUGCCACAACGAGAAGAACGAAGUGAUGAGCAGCCAGCUGGACAUCGACAACAUGGCAGGCGUGUUCUACAUGCUGGCAGCGGCCAUGGCCCUCAGCCUCAUCACCUUUAUCUGGGAGCACCUCUUCUACUGGAAGCUACGCUUCUGUUUCACGGGCGUGUGCUCCGACCGGCCCGGGCUGCUCUUCUCCAUCAGCAGGGGCAUCUAUAGCUGCAUUCACGGUGUGCACAUUGAAGAAAAGAAGAAGUCUCCAGACUUCAAUCUGACUGGGUCCCAGAGCAACAUGCUAAAGCUCCUCCGGUCAGCCAAAAACAUUUCCAACAUGUCCAACAUGAACUCCUCAAGAAUGGACUCACCCAAAAGAACAGCUGACUUUAUUCAAAGAGGCUCCCUCAUCAUGGAUAUGGUUUCAGACAAGGGAAAUUUGAUAUAUGCCGACAACAGGUCCUUUCAGGGGAAGGACAGCAUUUUUGGAGAUAACAUGAAUGAACUUCAAACAUUUGUGGCCAACAGGCACAAGGACAACCUCAAUAACUAUGUGUUCCAGGGACAGCAUCCUCUUACUCUCAAUGAGUCCAACCCCAACACAGUGCAGGUUGCUGUGAGCACAGAAUCCAAAGGGAACUCUAGACCCCGGCAGCUCUGGAAGAAAUCCAUGGAGUCUCUACGCCAAGAUUCUCUGAGUCAGAAUCCAGUUUCCCAGAGGGACGAGGGGACAGUGGAAAACAGGACCCACUCCCUAAAAAGCCCCAGGUACCUUCCAGAAGAAGUGGCCCAUUCUGAUAUUUCAGAAACUUCAAGUCGGGCCACAUGUCACAGGGAACCUGACAACAAUAAGAACCAUAAGACUAAGGACAACUUCAAAAGGUCAAUGGCCUCCAAAUACCCCAAGGACUGCAGUGAAGUUGAACGCACCUACCUGAAAACCAAAGCUGGCUCUCCCAGGGACAAGAUCUACACCAUUGAUGGUGAGAAGGAGCCCAGUUUCCACUUAGAUCCUCCUUCAUUUGUUGAAAAUAUAUCCCUCUCAGAGAAUGUGGGCUUCCCAGAUACCUACCAGGAUCAUAGUGAGAACUUCCUCAAGGGGGACUCCACACUGCCCGUGAACAGGAACCCCCUGCAUAAUGAGGAAGGGCUUCCCAACAAUGACCAGUAUAAGCUCUAUCCCAAGCACUUCACCUUGAAAGACAAGGGUUCCCCCCAUAGUGAAGGUAGUGACCGUUACAGGCAGAACUCCACGCACUGCCGAAGCUGCCUUUCCAACCUGCCCACCUACUCUGGUCACUUCACCAUGAGGUCCCCCUUCAAGUGUGAUGCUUGUCUGAGGAUGGGGAACCUCUAUGACAUCGAUGAAGACCAGAUGCUCCAAGAGACAGGGAACCCUGCCAGCCAGGAGGGGGUCUAUCAGCAAGACUGGGCACAGAACAAUGCACUCCAGUUCCAGAAGAACAAGCUGAGGAUGAACCGUCAGCAUUCCUACGAUAACAUCCUUGACAAACCCAGGGAGUUAGACCUCAGCAAGCCUUCCCGGAGCAUAAGCCUCAAGGACAGGGAGAGGCUCUUAGAGGGCAACUUAUAUGGGAGCCUGUUUAGUGUCCCUGCAAGCAAACUCUCAGGGAACAAAAGCUCCCUUUUCCCCCAAGGUCUGGAGGACAGCAAGAGGAGCAAGUCCCUCUUGCCAGACCACACCUCUGAUAACCCUUUCCUUCACUCCUACAGGGAUGAUCAACGCUUAGUUAUUGGAAGAUGCCCCUCGGACCCUUAUAAACACUCCUUGCCAUCACAGGCAGUGAAUGACAGCUACCUUCGGUCGUCCUUGAGGUCAACUGCAUCAUACUGUUCUAGGGACAGUCGGGGCCACAGUGAUGUGUAUAUUUCAGAGCAUGUUAUGCCUUAUGCUGCAAAUAAGAAUAAUAUGUACUCUACCCCCAGGGUUUUAAAUUCCUGCAGCAAUAGACGUGUGUACAAGAAAAUGCCUAGUAUUGAAUCUGAUGUUUAAAAUCUUCCAUUAAUGUUUUAUCUAUAGGGAAACAUGUAAUAGCCAACGUUCUGGAGGGUAAAUGUUGGAUGUCCAAUAGUGCCCUGCUAAAAGGAAGAGGAUUUAGGGAGGUAUUUUUUGUUGGCUCUUUUGCUCAUGGCUCCAUGCCAUAAUAAUCUUCCACUCAAGGAGUCUUACGAAGUUUGUGCUGAGUAUGGCAGAUAUCAGAUAGGUGAGUCCUUAACCAAAAACAAAUACAUAAGUAAGGGCAAAGCUCCGGGACAUGCCUACUAGGUAUGUUGGCAAUAAUGAUGCACUAGAUGCUGAUGGUGAUGUUAUGAUUUCCUAUAUUCCAAAUUCCAUCAAGAUCAGUCCAACACAUAAUUUCUUCAUCAGAAAUGCCUAGUGGUUUCUCUAAUACAGAAUAAGCAAUAUGGUAUGCAUGUAAAUCUGACACAGACAAUAAAACAGUUAAGAAUGCAUCUGCACUGUAGUGAGAUUGACAUGUGCAAGAGAUUAGGAAGUUUGGCUUGUAACAGUUCUCAGCUUUAUUGUUAUGCCUUCCUUUCACAACCCAGGCCCAACCCCAAGAAAUCCAAGCUCCCCCAAAGAACAGCAAACUAAUAUGUUCAUGGUACCUGUGUUACCUUCAUUAUAGUCCAUUCCCAAGACACAUCUGGAACAAAAAGCCAGAGACAUGCUCAGGCAGAGAGCUAUAAGUAUCUCUUUGGAUGUUGAUGUGUGUAUUUCACUCACUUUCGGCUUUGGUGGUCUUGUUCAGAGCUGCAUAAACUAACACAUUAUGUCUUUACUGUCUAAGUGUGGAUCUUCUGUCUGUGACACAGUGGCCAUUGUAGUUUAUCCUGAAGACUCCUCUGUAUGUAAGUUUGCAUUUUCUCCCUUCUGGUGAUGACUCAGGGUUGUAUAGUAUCUAUUACCUCGUCCUUCCCAGAGUAACCAUAACUUGUUGGUCCCCGAGCAGCUAUGAUGGUGUCUGAUUAGAUGUGUGUUGCUGUUCCCAGAGUUUUUAAUGUGCUGUCAUGUGCCAACAGCCAUAUGUGUACUGUGACCUGUAAGAAGUGCCAUGCUAUGUGUCUGCCCGAGGCCAACACGGUUCUUUAGGCUUAUCUUCCUUAAUGUCAUGAAACUUUUGGACUCAUUGUCUCCCAGUCUCCUCAUAUCAAAGGCCUUGAAACCAUGAAACACUCAUGCAUCUACCCCGAGCACCCUCCAAACUGUGGAGAAGCUUAGUAAGACAAGUGAUUUCUCUCUUCUGAAAUACUCUUUUUAUUGGAAGAAAACUACUUCACCAGCACCAACUGAUCUAUAAACAAUUCUCAAAGCAUUUAUCAUUUCUGAACUACUCACACCAUCCCAUUCUUAUUCUACUCAGACCUGUGCACAUGUGGUAUGAAUGAUAGUCAUUAUUUAAAACAUUUGGAAAAAGAGAGGGAAGGUUUAGGAAAGUUAAGCUUCUUAGCAUAGCACCGUCCUGUAACAAAGUAUUGGGGAAAAAGGUUAGUUGUUAAGUUACGAAGCUUUUUCAGACCAGGAUUUUCUAAUUUAAAAACUAAAUACCAUAAAA